AAGCUGGAUCAGUAUCAAGGACUCUCAGUGUGUUCCCUUUGCAAAUCUGCCGGAUUUGAAGAAUAAGAAGCUGGGAGAGAGAUUUUGUGUUACCCUUGCUCCAUCUUUGUUUGCGAUUGAAAUUGUGGCAAAUCUGAUUAAAAAUCCUGUUACGAACAAGGAAGAGAGGCCUGCUACAACAAUGGCUAUGCUGGAACAGAUGGGUGGACCUCACCAGGAACUCUGUGGGCUACAGAAUCUGGGACUCAUGGACACUGUGAAUCACCUUGUCAACUGUACAUCCACAAACACCAUUGUUGCCAGAUCACCAUACUUCAUUCCACCAUUCAAACAGAUAUUCAGCAAAUCUCAGGCACUGGUUGUGGGGAGCCCACAUUUCUCUUCACCGUUAUCCUUGUGGGGAAGAGUUUGGAAGCCGUGGGGACCAUUAAUCGGAGCCCAGAAGGAGGUUAUCAAGGUGGCUGAGUAUCUGCAAACAGAGGCAGUCAUGGGCGAAGAAGCCACUAAAAAGCUUGUGCUCAGCCAACUUCCACACAUGACAAUUGUGCAUAUCGCAACUUAUGGGAGCUGGGAGGACGGUGUGUUGGUCUUUACCCCACACCCACCUCCAGUUGCAGGAGAACUAGUGGAGGAGCGUUCCUAUUUACUGACCAUUCCUGAGAUCCUUGAGCUGAAACUGAAGGCUAAAAUUGUCGUCCUGUCUAGCUGUGGGGAUGGAGGGACUAACCAGGAUCCUGUGGUGCCUUUGGAACUGCCCACUGCCUUCCUCAGAGCUGUUUUUGCAGACUCCAUUUCUGUUUUAAGGGCCAAAAAGAUGGCUAGGUCCAGUUCGAGCAUGACAACUCCACCACGUGGACAUGGGGUAUUCUGACGGCACUGGG